AAUAGUAGGAAAACAAAAUUUAACCAGCUCAAACGAACAACAUUUUGUUUCCUUUCACUCGCUCCCUUUUUCGCAUUCGAGGAGUGACAAGGACAGUAAACUGUUUCGUGUGAUUUCUGAACGCAACCUGCACGUGUCUAGAUGUUAAAGAUAGAUGCAUCGCGAUGACCUAGGACCCCGAGCAGAGCUCACAAUGAUUGCGAAAGCAGACGACCUGCGCGCGACUUCUGCUAGCUCCUUGCCUCCUCCGCUGUCACAUGUACUAGACAGCUUUUUUUGCUGACACUAACAUUUCAGUGUCAUUUCAAUUAGUGUGGUGGGGCAGGAGUGACAAGCAAGAUGACAGCUGUAUGGAGCAGGAUUGCUGCCUUCACCCAUAAAUACCCAUUGUCAAGAGGCAUGAUGUCCUAUGCAUGUAUAUGGCCAGUAGGCAGCUGUGUCCAGCAAAAGAUUCAAGGAAAAGAAACACUGGAUUAUUGGCGAGCCUUACGAUUUAGUCUCUAUGGUUGCUGCUUUGUCGCACCCACAUUGUACACCUGGAUGACGAUUGCUGGAUAUCUUUUUCCAAAACCUGGAUUAAGAUCUGGAAUUUACAAGGCAUUGGUGGAACAAGUAUCUUAUACUCCUAGUGCCAUGAUUUGCUUCUAUUUCUUCAUGACUUUGUUGGAAGGAGGCACUCUCGACGAAGCAUGCCAAGAAGUUAAAUCAAAAUUUUUGCCCACCUACAAAGUUGGGGCUUGUGUUUGGCCAGUUCUUCAGACCUUCAACUUCACUGUUGUACCUCCUCAGAAUAGGGUGCCAUUUGUCAGUUUGUGUAGCCUCUGUUGGACCACGUUUUUAGCUUACAUGAAGCAAUUAGAGAGUCAACAAAUAAAACCAUAUCCUCCACUGUCAAUAGGUCCUAUUACCGCUUAUUAACAUGCUAAAACAAUGACCAUGUUGUAGAUCAUAAAGUACCAAAAGUGCAAAUGUUACCAUAUGUGAUGGCUUUCUAGUCCAGUAUUACAAUAUUGCCCGUCUUGCCUUUUUUUCUCUCUCUCAUUAUUGUUAUUAUUGUUAUUAUUCUAUGAUGAUCAUCAUGGAUUAUUAAUGUUUUAUUGAAGAAUAUGACAAAUGUCUGAUGUGAUUUGUUUUAUAUGUGCGUGUUUAUUCUAGUGUAUUUGAUUUAGUUACCAUACGAGUCAGGUGCCAAAGAUUUGCAACUCUUAAUGUCAUUGGGUUUUGUGUUUGUUAUGGAACAUCAUUAGUACAGUAUUUUCUUCAGUGCAGGUCUUCAAAUAGAAUACCAAGUUGAGAAGGCAUUUGAGUAUUAAACAACAUGUCUGUCUGUGACAUAAUCUACCCAAAUCGUUUUUACCCUCUGCCAGAGAUUUCUGUGUUCUUCAAACUGUGAUGCUUAGUUUUCAUUCUCUAAUUUCAUUUAUCACAGAAACGUCUUUAAAUCCAGAUUGGAAAAAAGAAAUACUACUGCAAAACAUACAGGGUUCUUCACUUCGAUUUAAGGAAAUUAUUUUCAUAGCUAAUUUAAUCUGCAUGCUUAAAGGACCAAUCAAGUGCCUUAUGUUGCCGUGUCUAAAUAACUGACCAAGUAUUUUCAUCAGAUGUACAAUCAACUAUGGAACGACAUUAUGACCCAAAGUCCCAUGUGAUAUACAUGAUAACUGAUUCAAUGCAGUUAUGGAUGUCCACUUUUUGUUUUUAGUGUGUCUAUUUUUAAAUGCUUCAGUGAUAAAAAGGAGUGCUUGAUCCUUCAUAGACAAUGUUACAUACUUAUAGUUAGUUCUAGUCCAAGCUUGAAAUUUUCAAUAAAUAUUGAUUUUUAAACCUGA